UCACUUUUAUUCAUUUAUUUGUAGUUCUUAGUAACGAUGUGUGCUGCUACUCCGCAGUGGAGGGUUAUCCUCUCGCUAGUCCUCUUCUUUCUGGACGGGAUCUGUGGCUUCAAGUUUACCCUCUUACACACGAAUGAUAUGCACUCCUGGUUCGACCCCAUUUCCGAUAAAGAUGAAAGGUGCAAAGCUGGCGACGAUGAGAGGGGUCUUUGCUUCGGCGGAUUUGGACGAGUGGCUGCUGUAGUUGCUGCAGCUAGAAAUAAUGGAACUGAUCCAGUUGUCUACUUAAACGGCGGCGAUUCCUUUCAAGGAACUUCGUGGUUUUCUGUUUAUCGAGGGAAAAUGGUGGCCCAAAUGCUCAAUUUUCUUGCUCCCGAUGCCAUGACCCUCGGAGUUCACGAACUUGACGAUGGAACAGAUGCCUUGGCCGAAUUCUUGAACAACAUUACUUUUCCAGUGGUCAGCAGCAACAUAAACCUGAUAAAAGAACCAAAACUGGCUGAGAACAAUAAAUUAGUGACGUCCGCGGUCAUCACAAAGGGUAAUCGUAGGAUUGGCAUAGUGGGCUAUAUAAGGCCGGAUACCAAGGAGCGAACUCAACCGAGUAAUGUGAUCUUCAAACAGGAGGUGCCCGCCAUCAACAAGGAAACAAAGGAACUUAGGGAUCGAGGCAUCGAUAUCAUCAUUGCAUUGGGACAUUCCGGCUACGAGAAGGAUAAGGAGAUAGCCAGGCGAUGUCCGGACGUGGACAUCGUCGUGGGUGGUCAGUCGCACACGUUUCUCUACUCCGGAAAGGCUCCGAGUAAGGAAGUUCCGGUGGGUCCCUAUCCCACCAUAGUGAUGAAGCCCGAUGGCAGGAAGGUGCCCGUUGUUCAGGCCUAUGCUUAUACGAAGUAUUUGGGAAACCUUACCCUAGAAUUCGACAAUGGUGGCAAUCUGCUUAGUUUCAAGGGUAGCCCCAUUUUAUUGGACCAACGCUUCCAGCCCAGCAAAGGGGUUCAGGAUUUUCUUCAACUGCACCGCCAGGUGAUCGAUGACAUGGAGCGCCAUGUGGUGGGCACCACCUCCGUGUAUCUAAAUGGCGAUCGAAAGAGCUGCGGUUACGGCGAGUGCAAUUUCGGCAACUUCAUAGCAGAUAGCUUUGUGUAUGCCCGAGUGGUGCAAACGAUGGCGGACAGAAGAUCUUGGACAGAUGCAUCCAUAGGACUCAUCAAUGCGGGCGCCAUUAGAGCCUCGAUUAAGCCAGGGGAAACGGGCGCCAUUACGGAGGCUGAUGUGGUCACCGUGCUGCCCUUCAGUCAAGAGCUGUACUACACGAGGAUCAGUGGCAGUCAACUGAUGAAGGCGCUGGAGCACUCUGCCCAUAUGCGGAGUAAACACAUCACCAGUGCCCACUUGCAGGUUUCCGGUCUUCGUCUCAAGUUUAACCACAGCUUGGCCAAGGGCGAAAGGAUCACGGAGAUCCGGGCCCUGUGCUCCGAGUGCCAGAUUCCCCACUACGAGGCCGUUGAUACGGAUAGGUAUUACGGAGUGGUAGUCACCUCAUUUCUAUUGAACAGCGGCGAGGGCUACAGUUUCAUCGAUCCAAAGCGACCAGAAGUGGAGAAUAUGACCAUCCUUGAUCGCAAUGCUGUUAUCCAGUAUCUGCAGGAGCACAAGGUUGUCUACCCGGAACGCGAGGAGCGCCAAUCUGUGCAGCAGAGGUACAUGGCCAACUCGGGCUAUCACAUGUAUCUUGAACCCCUCCUAAUACUCUGCUUUGUGUACUUGUGUCAUCGAUCUCUCGUUUAAGUGUCUAGUGUUUCCACGGACGGAUUGCGUCUCCAAGGGGCAUCAUUAUCAUUAGUACUCGCUCUCUGUUUUUGUCUAUUGCGCAAUCGCUUAGAACACAGAUUAGUGACUUAGUCUAUAGGUAUGGUUUGCAUAUAUAAGCAAAGGUGUAUGAAGUUUGAUUAUAUAUAUAUGAAUAAUCUAGAUUAUACGGUGUGAAUUUUCUGCGUCUAAUAUAUUUUGAAUUGUUUGUAUUCCCAUUAGCAAUACAAUCUUGAUAACGACCAUAAGAUGCUUCCCUGUCCGUAUGUCCGUCCGUAUGUCCGUCCGUAUAAGUAGCUCGUAUUAUUUAUUUUGUAUUAAACCAUAAAGAAUUAAUUCAAAUUAU